GUUGGAUUGGGUUAAUUCAAAAACCUUGUCUUUGAGCUCUGAAGUUCUUUCAUCUGCUUGUUCAAUUCUAUUGCUGAGACUUUCCAGAGCAUUUUGCAUUCUAUAAGUGUGUCCAUCGUUUCCUGAAGUUUUUAUUGUUUUUUAAUUAUGCUAUCUAUUUCAUUGAAAAUUUCUCCCCUCAUUUCUUGUAUCAUUUUUUGGAUUUCCUUAAAUUGUGCUUGGCCUUUCUCUGGAUCGCCCUGAUUAGCUUAAUAACAAACCUUCUGAAUUCUUUUUCAGGUAAAUCAGGGAUUUCUUCUUGUUUUGGAUCCAUUGCUGGUGAGCUAGUGUGAUUUUGGGGGGGGUGUUAAAGAACCUUGUUUUGUCAUAUUACCAGAGUUGGUUUUCUGAUUCCUUCUCAUUUGGGUAGGCUCUGUCAUAGGGAAGGCCUAGGGCUCAAGGCUGUGGUUCAGAUUCUUUUGGCCCAUGGAGUGUUCCCUUGAUGUAGUGCUUUCCCCCUUUUCCUAGGGAUGUGGCUUCCUGAAAGCCGAGAUGUAAUGACUGUUAUCUCCUCUGGAUCUAGCCACCCAGCAAGUCUACCAGGCUCUGGGCUGGUACUGGGGAUUGUCUGCACAGAGUCGUGUGAUGUGAACUGUCUGUGGGUCUCUGAGUCAUGGAUACCAGCCAGCACAGUAUUUGGGGUGUCUUCCGGGUCCUGCAGGAGCAAUCUGCCUCCUUCAGAUGGUCUAUCAAUUCUCUCAGAUUUCCUGAUUUAUUCCUGCAGUCAUUCUGGAGCUAAAGUUCACAAUGCAAGCCUCCACACUCUGCUCUUUCCAUCCAAGUGGGAGCUGCAAUCUAGUCCUGCCUCCCAUCCACCAUUAUCUCUACAGCUACCUGAAUUAAGUUCUGUGUGGCUUGGGACACCUUACGAUCACAGCAGAAGGUGAAAGGCACAUCUCACAUGGUGGCAGACAAAAGAAGAGAGCUCAUUUUCUUUUGUGAUACUCAUUGUAUCACAAUGAGUAGAUUAGGUUAGGUUCAGCUAGAAGAGUAAAUUAACAGAGGCUCAUAUUUCUUUCAUAUAUAAGUCCACAGCCAGUCAGUUUAUGGGCAUUACAGCAUCUCAGCUGCACAGUCUUCAGAGAUCCAGGCUCCUCCAACCCUACACAUUUACCCUGUACUUUCCCUCCCAUGACACACACACACACACACACACACACACAUACACACAUACACCCCUAAUCAGGAUUUGGGGAAUCCCAGGAAUCAGCAUUUUAACAGGUAUUGCAGGAAAUUCUAAAACAUGUAGUUUGUAACCCACUCUGAGAAAUUCUAAUGCAGGAGAAUUAGGAAAAGGAUGAUAAAGUGACUCUCACAGAAUUGGUAAUGAGAGGAAAUAAAAUGACUUCCAAGAUUUAAACUAUGCAAUCAAUGAAUAAUUGUUAAGAGCAAAGGUAUGCAAAGUUACCUUAAAGAAACUCAGACCACUCACAUUUAACAAAAACCUAACUUUUGAAUAUUUUAUAAUCUAAAGACACUAUAAAUGUGAAAGUGGAUGGUGCAGAGUGAAUCCACAGCCACAGUGGAUUAUUAAGGUACUAUUAAGCUGUGGCUACUUAUAUCAAAGGCCGUAUGUGAGAUGAUUUUCAACUUGGGGAGCUGGGAAAAACAAAUUUUGGCUUCCACAGUCUCAUCUCCAUUUCCUUCUAAAAGGAAAAAGAAAAGAAGAAGGAAAAUCCUGGGACAAUGUAUCAUAAAGCCAGGUAAGAAACAAUUAACAUUAUUUUGUAACAUCAAUCAUUUUACUUUUCCUUAACAUAAGUGGAAAAUUGAGUAGAUUGUUCCUGUUUACCAAGUGUGUUUUGAAAAUUCCUACCCACUGGUCCUGGUAGAAAAUAGAUGUGUUUCUGCCUAAAUAACCCAAAUUAAGGAAAACUCCACAGACCUACACUACCACUCCCUGAACAUUUUCCUUUAUCUCCUUUUUACUGCAUCCUAUCCUCUUAAACUGCUAUUUAAUUUCCAAGUGAAUUCUUCCACAGCUUCAAAUCACUCAAGCAAUCUCCCACUGUACUAAGGGAUUCUCAGCAUCAAAUAGUUUCAGACUGGUGACAGGGUAUUUAUUAAAAGCAUGAAGUCUGUGCUUUGCCAAGGAGACCUAAGACUGAGUAAGUCUCUUCAACUCUCGGAAUGUAGUUUUUGUCAUUUGAAAAUUGACUUCUGUUGAAGAUUUAUUUUCUAAGAUCCCAGUGAAAUUUUAAGUGUGUAAUCACGAUCCAAACAUAACCAAGAUUCUUAUACAGUGGUAGAGUUUAAGGGAAGCAAUUUGACAAGUUGUACACAACCUUUCCCAAGCCCACAUUGUAUGUACUUAAGAAAGUCUACCUAUAAUCCAUUUUAUUACCCAACUGGGGGGUUCUGAAUGAUCCAUUUUACUGCACAAUUAGGGGGUUCUGAACCUACAUUUUAGCACUUCAGAGAAUCAUGGCCCCUGCUGAGAGAGAGGAUAGACAGCAGAGAGAGAAACUGCAACAUAUAUCCGUCAGGUUGCUCUGCCUUCUAAGCUAACUGCUGAAGAUCCUGUAGGGCCAGGCAGAAAAACCGUAUUUUCUUGUCUUUUCAAAUUUCAAAUUCCCUUAAACCAAAGGCUGGACUCCAAAUAAUUCCGUUUGGAACUAAACAGCUCAUUCCCUCUGAGCAUGAAAACAGGACUCUGUGACUCCGCCUCGCCGUAGACGGCAGGAGGGAGAAACAGCGCCAGGGAAACCCGAGACUGUCCCACAGAGGCGGUCCCAGGCCAGCCCAGCCCACCCCAGCCCGCAACAGCUACCGGAGCCCGAGGACGCAGCCGAGCCUCCUCGGCCCUCGCCGACUCCUUCCCGAGGCUGGCUCUGGCGUCACGGCCACUGGCGUCACGGCUACUGCGCGACGCGGCCAAUCCGCGCAGCCCUCUAUGCUAUUCAAAUCGGCGGCGGGGCCAACGGUUGUGCCGAGACUCGCCACUGCCCCGGCCGAUGGGCCUGAGUGUCGCCUUCGCCGCCAUGGACGCCACCGGGCGCUGACAGACCUAUGGAGAGUCGGGGUGUGCCUCCCGGGCCUUAUCGGGCCACCAAGCUGUGGAAUGAAGUUACCACAUCUUUUCGAGCAGGAAUGCCUCUGAGAAAACACAGACAACACUUUAAAAAAUAUGGCAAUUGUUUCACAGCAGGAGAAGCAGUGGAUUGGCUUUAUGACCUAUUAAGAAAUAAUAGCAAUUUUGGUCCUGAAGUUACAAGGCAACAGACUAUCCAACUGUUGAGGAAAUUUCUUAAGAAUCAUGUAAUUGAAGAUAUCAAAGGGAGGUGGGGAUCAGAAAAUGUUGAUGAUAACAACCAGCUCUUCAGAUUUCCUGCAACUUCGCCACUUAAAACUCUACCACGAAGGCAUCUAGAAUUGAGAAAAAACAACGUAGAGAACUUUUCCAAAGACAAAGAUAGCAUUUUUAAAUUACGAAACUUAUCUCGUAGAACUCCUAAAAGGCAUGGAUUACAUUUAUCUCAGGAAAAUGGCGAGAAAAUAAAGCAUGAAAUAAUCAAUGAAGAUCAAGAAAAUGCAAUUGAUAAUAGAGAACUAAGCCAGGAAGAUGUUGAAGAAGUUUGGAGAUAUGUUAUUCUGAUCUACCUGCAAACCAUUUUAGGUGUGCCAUCCCUAGAAGAAGUCAUAAAUCCAAAACAAGUAAUUCCCCAAUAUAUAAUGUACAACAUGGCCAAUACAAGUAAACAUGGAGUAGUUAUACUACAAAACAAAUCAGAUGACCUCCCUCACUGGGUAUUAUCUGCCAUGAAGUGCCUAGCAAAUUGGCCAAGAAGCAAUGAUAUGAAUAAUCCAACUUAUGUUGGAUUUGAACGAGAUGUAUUCAGAACAAUUGCAGAUUAUUUUCUAGAUCUCCCUGAACCUCUACUUACUUUUGAAUAUUACGAAUUAUUUGUAAACAUUCUGGUUGUUUGUGGCUACAUCACAGUUUCAGAUAGAUCCAGUGGGAUACAUAAAAUCCAAGAUGAUCCACAGUCUUCAAAAUUCCUUCACUUAAACAAUUUGAAUUCCUUCAAAUCAACUGAGUGCCUUCUUCUCAGUCUGCUUCAUAGAGAAAAAAACAAAGAAGAAUCAGAUUCUACUGAGAGACUACAGAUAAGCAUUCCAGGAUUUCAAGAAAGAUGUGCUAAGAAAAUGCAGCUAGUUAAUUUAAGAAACAGAAGAGUGAGUGCUAAUGACAUAAUGGGAGGAAGUUGUCAUAAUUUAAUAGGGUUAAGUAGUAUGCAUGAUCUAUCCUCUAACAGCAAACCAAGGUGCUGUUCUUUGGAAGGAAUUGUAGAUGUGUCAGGGAAUUCAAGUAAAGAGGCAUCCAGUGUCUUUCAUCAAUCUUUUCCGAACAUAGAAGGACAAAAUAAUAAACUGUUUUUAGAGUCUAAGCCCAAACAGGAAUUCCUGUUGAAUCUUCAUUCAGAGGAAAAUAUUCAAAAGCCAUUCAGUGCUGGUUUUAAGAGAACCUCUACUUUGACUGUUCAAGACCAAGAGGAGUUGUGUAAUGGGAAAUGCAAGUCAAAACAGCUUUGUAGGUCUCAGAGUUUGCUUUUAAGAAGUAGUACAAGAAGGAAUAGUUAUAUCAAUACACCAGUGGCUGAAAUUAUCAUGAAACCAAAUGUUGGACAAGGCAGCACAAGUGUGCAAACAGCUAUGGAAAGUGAACUCGGAGAGUCUAGUGCCACAAUCAAUAAAAGACUCUGCAAAAGUACAAUAGAACUUUCAGAAAAUUCUUUACUUCCAGCUUCUUCUAUGUUGACUGGCACACAAAGUUUGCUGCAACCUCAUUUAGAGAGGGUUGCCAUCGAUGCUCUACAGUUAUGUUGUUUGUUACUUCCCCCACCAAAUCGUAGAAAGCUUCAACUUUUAAUGCGUAUGAUUUCCCGAAUGAGUCAAAAUGUUGAUAUGCCCAAACUUCAUGAUGCAAUGGGUAUGAGAUCACUGAUGAUACAUACCUUUUCUCGAUGUGUGUUAUGCUGUGCUGAAGAAGUGGAUCUUGAUGAGCUUCUUGCUGGAAGAUUAGUUUCUUUCUUAAUGGAUCAUCAUCAGGAAAUUCUUCAAGUACCCUCUUACUUACAGACUGCAGUGGAAAAACAUCUUGACUACUUAAAAAAGGGACAUAUUGAAAAUCCUGGAGAUGGUCUAUUUGCUCCUUUGCCAACUUACUCAUACUGUAAGCAGAUUAGUGCUCAGGAGUUUGAUGAGCAAAAAGUUUCUACCUCUCAAGCUGCAAUUGCAGAACUUCUAGAAAAUAUUAUUAAAAACAGGAGUUUACCUCUAAAGGAGAAGAGAAAAAAACUAAAACAGUUUCAGAAGGAAUAUCCUUUGAUAUAUCAGAAAAGAUUUCCAACCAUGGAGAGUGAAGCAGCACUUUUUGGUGACAAACCUACAAUCAAGCAACCAAUGCUGAUUUUAAGAAAACCAAAGUUCCGUAGUCUAAGAUACUAACUGAAUUAAAAAUUAUGUAAUACUUGCGGAACUUUGAUAAACGAAGCCAUAUCUGAGAAUGUAGCUACUCAAAAAGAAGUCUGUCAUUAAUAAGGUAUUUCUAAAUAAACACAUUAUGUAAGGAAGUGCCAAAAUAGUUGUUUAUCAAUGUGAGACUCUUAGGAAACUAACUAGAUCUCAAUUGAGAGCACAUAACAAUAGAUGAUACCAAAUACUUUUUGUUUUUAACACAGCUAUCCAGUAAGGCUAUCAUGAUGUGUGCUAAAAUUUUAUUUACUUGAAUUUUGAAAACUGAGCUGUGUUAGGGAUUAAACUAUAAUUCUGUUUUUAAAAGAAAAUUUAUCUGCAAAUGUGCAAGUUCUGAGAUAUUAGCUAAUGAAUUAGUUGUUUGGGGUUACUUCUUUGUUUCUAAGUAUAAGAAUGUGAAGAAUAUUUGAAAACUCAAUGAAAUAAUUCUCAGCUGCCAAAUGUUGCACUCUUUUAUAUAUUCUUUUUCCACUUUUGAUCUAUUUAUAUAUAUGUAUGUGUUUUUAAAAUAUGUGUAUAUUUUAUCAGAUUUAGUUUUGCCUUAAAUAUUAUCCCCAACUGCUUCAGUCAUUCAUUUGUUCAAUAUAUAUAUUUUGAAUUCUAGUUUUCAUAAUCUAUUAGAAGAUGGGGAUAUAAAAGAAGUAUAAGGCAAUCAUAUAUUCAUUCAAAAUAUAUUUAUUUAGCAACUGCUAUGUGCCUUUCGUUGUUCCAGACAUGCGAAGACAAUGAUAAAUAAAACAUAUAAUCUCUUCCAUAAGGUAUUUAUUUUUUAAUCAAGGGAGAUACACCUAUCAGAUGCUUAAAAUAACAACACUACCCACUGAAAUCAGGGCAUAUAGAAUCAUUCAGCUAAAGAGUGACUUCUAUGAUGAUGGAACAGGUCUCUAAGCUAGUGGUUUUCAAACUGGUGCACAUUAGACUCACCCGAGGAGUUUUAAAACAGCCUAUAUGCCCAGGGCCUAACUUAUACUAAUUAAAUCUGAAUUUUGGGGAUGUUGUAUAGGGAUUAGUAUUUUUUUAAUCUAGAUGAUUCCAAUAUUCAGCCAACUGUGAGAAUCAAUGGCCUAAAUGCUUUUUUUAUAAAAAGCAUUUUUAUAAAUGUCAAGAUAACUUAUAAAAAUGUCAACAUUUUUAUAAGUGUCAAGAUAAUGGCACAUUGACUUUAUUUUUUCAUUGGAAGAAAAUGGCUGCCAAGUAUAAAUGACUCUCAUCUUAAAACAAGGUUCUUCAGGUUUCUGCUUCAUUGACUUGGUACAAACUUGAAGCAAGUUGCCUUCUAUUUUUUACUCCAAGAUUGUUUCAUAUCCAUUCCUUAAGUGUAAAGAAAUAUAUAAUGCCUGGGUUGUAAUAAAAUCUUAAUGUUUAAUGACUAUUCUCAUUUCUCAAUGUAAUUUCAUACUGUUUCUCUAUAAAAUGAUAGUAUUCCAUUUAACAUUACUGAUUUUUAUUAAAAACCUGGACAGAAAAUUAUAAAUUAUAAAUAUGACUUUAUCCUGGCUAUUAAAUUAUUGGACCAAAUUUAAUUCUUUCUAAGGCAUUUGAAUACUAAAACUUUUAUUGUUUAUAGAUAUGUAAAAUGUGGAUUAUGUUGCAAAUUGAGAUUAAAAUUAUUUGGGGUUUUGUAACAAUA